GCUAUACCUAAGUCGCAAACCAAAACACACAUGUUGUCUUUUAAGGCAACAUUUUUCUUUAUGUCACUCACCAGCUGAUUUAUCUUAGCUCAUCCAUCAUUAUUUAUGUAAUUUUCGCGGUGUAACAUCUCUUUAGAGAUGCUCCGUAAAGUGGUGCUAGGUUCUGUCGGAGCUGCGGCUCUGAUUCCGACAAUAAAUGCAGCAUCGCCGGUAAUGGAAAAGCCCAGCGGGCCUGCGAAGCCUCCUCCGAUGCGGCCUUCCGAGCUACCGAUAUACGAAGCUCCUCAUGCAGAUUACGGAGAGUAUUUGCAGUCCAAUUCAAAUCAAGAAGAAGUUGGAUACAUAAAGUCUACUUUAUUAUCACCUGUGCGUGCGGUACGAGAGCAGGCACAGUCUCUGCUCCAGCACACUGAGUCUAUAAAGCACUCUGUACAGGAUAACUACCAUGAAUUCCAAGAUAAAAGUGAAUGGAUCGUAAAAUAUCUCAGAGAAGAGGAGAACAAGGAAGUGAGAUAUGGUGCAGUGGCAAUGGGUGGUCUCACUGGAUUUAUCUUUGGCCUCAGAGGAGGUAUCAUUAGGAGGGUAUUCUAUGCUGGUGUUGGAACCACUGCAAUGGGUAUGGUAUGUUUCCCUGAGGAGACCAAGGAAGUGCUUAAAAGUAAUUCAAACCUGGCCAAGCAGUACAUCAACAUUGCCUACAACUUCUUGUAUGGAGUGAAACCAGGUGAUCCCCAACUGGAGGUGAAAUUCCCGGAAUUGUCAUUACCAAAAAGCUUUUCGGAGUUUGUUGACAUGACAUUCUCAUUAGCUUCAUCAGUGAAGCAGGCUGUCAUGCCCCCACCCUCUAAGGACGAGGUUCCAGCGAAAGAGUCUGCAGAUUCUAAACCUUUGGAUAAACAGGACUAGGUAUCAGCAUUACUGAUAGAGUAGAUGAUUGCAGUGUAUCUGCGCUGUGAAAACUGAAGUAAGGUGAAGACCUUUUUACCGAGUUACUAACUUAUUACCGACUAGUCUGCCGCAGUGCGAUUAUGUAAUCGACAAUGUGAAAUACAAUAAAUAAAUUAUAUUUAUA